CGAUCUAUGAUCAAAGAUGGCGGGCACCUCCGACCCGCUGGAAGAUAUGCUAUUUUCCGAGGUGGAUGAAAAAGCUGUGAGCGAUUUAGUGGGCUCUUUGGAGUCACAACUUGUUGGACAAAGCAACCCUGCAAAUACUCAGUCGGAAAACAGAGGUGCUGGGACUACAGUCACUGCAAACCAUCACUUAGGGAAAACGCUACCAGCCCAAGUGGGUAACGUUACUACACUAGUACAGCAGCAGCAGCAGCAACAACAAGAAGGACAACAUAAAGCUGGGAUGCACCAGGAGAUGAACUCUAAUGAAAUUAGCUCAGAGAAAACUGUUACAUCUUCUUCGCUGAGUUCUAUUCCGUCUUUUGAGGAAGCUUCCACCACUUCAGGGACUGGAGUAAACGCUACCAAGAGCGGUUUGCAAUCACAUGGAACAUCAUCUAUCACAACACUACCUGCAUCUGGUGGUGUAACAACUUCUCCGCUUGUCAACAGCAGUAUCAUUAGCAGCACCACCACCAGCCGAGGUUCCGCUCUGGCUUCAGGUCAGACCUCAACAGACAGUGUCGAUCAUCCAAGAAAACGCAUAACUGCAUCGUUACGGAGUGCAUCGGCGGGAAUACAGAGUUUGAACGGUACCGGAGGAGCAGUAACGUCAAGGAAUAAUCCCCCUGCCGCGGGAACUGAUGCGUUGAUUAAUAACGUUAGCUCUGUGUCUAGCAGUGCAAGUGCAGCAAACUCAAGUCGGACCGUUGACGUUACAUCUUGUGUAAAUACGACGAAUUUCACUUUAUCUAGCUCCAGCAUUUCCUCAACUCAAUCAGCGAUUCCCCUGGAUAAGGGGACUCCUACUAUUGCUUUGCAAAGACUACCAAGUCACAUUGUAGCGAGCAUCGCGCAGAAUGGAAAUGGCACUACCGUCUCGGCCUUGGUUAAACAAGGCGCGAUAGGACCAAUCACUUCUGCAGCAGCUUCGCAAGUGAACCACAAAAAAGAGGGUUCUGAAGCGAAGUCGGACGCUCCCGUGCAGUCCAAAAUAGCCAUGUCCAGUCCGUUAGGGGUUGUCAAUUCCGUAAUAAACUCUGUUUCCUCUCCCUCUGCUGUUUUCAACCUAGCAGCGACUUCUACUGCAAGUCUUGUCAUGGCAAAGCCUGCUGUCAAUGUUGUUGGACAAACAACAACGAUUGGAAUGGUAAGGUCUCCGUCUGUGGCCACAGCUACACAGCCUCUGCUUCAACCGGGAGUCCAAGCAGCUCAAAGAAUUGUUGCCCCCCAGCUGAUUGUCAGACCCCAACAACCACAGACGACCAUUCAACUGCCACCUGGAUUUACCAUCCCACCGGGAAUGGUGUUGGUGCGCACUGAGAUGGGUCAGCUGGUGAUGGUCCCACAGCAGGCCCUUGCCCAGGCACAGGCCCAAGCCCAGACCCAGGCCCAGAACAACAUCUCCCCCCGAACUGCCACCACCACUGCAGGGGCCACCUUCAGAGCAACGACCCCACAGUCUCCUGUGACCUCUCAGGCUAUUCGGCCAUGUCCUCCUCCUGUCCAGGCCAAGAUGGUGCUGUCUCCCACUCCUAGCCCUGUCCUCCAGAUCUCCUCCUCCCCUGCACCACCUUCUAAGGGCCCCAUGGCGCCGGUCAUGGCAGUGACGGCUCCCCAACAGGGCCCCGUGGUGAUGGCCCCCCAGGCCCAGGUCCAGGCUGGGGCCCAGGCCGCCUCGCAGCCAGCCCUGCCCCAGCAGACCAGCGCCCCUGUAGCCCCAGGAGCCUCUGUCAUCUCCCAGGAGAUGCAGGAGAAUGUGAAGAAGUGUAAGAACUUCUUGGCCACCCUGAUAAAGCUGGCUUCCCACAACUCUCCGUCACCUGAGACCUCCAAAAAUGUCAAGUCACUGGUCCAGGAUCUACUGGAUGCUAAGAUUGAGCCUGAGGAGUUCACCAACAGACUGCAGUCAGAGCUCAAGUCGUCUCCUCAGCCCUACCUGGUCCCCUUCCUCAAGAAAAGCCUCCCGGCCCUGCGGCUGUCUCUGCUCAACAUUCAGCAUUCCCUGAUCCAGCCUCUGCCGCAGGGCAAAGCCACCCCCACCCCCACCACAGGCACCAGCUCUGCCAUCAUGGCCGUCCCAGCUGUCCGCGGCCGCCUCCCCAGCAGCGUCAGCACCACGGGGACCAGUGUCGGGGCCCAGGGACACACAGCUGCCCUGGGUAUCAAGCAAGCGGGAACCUCUGGUUGCCAGGUCAGGAUGCCCAUGUUGAUCACACCAUUAAGAACACAAGGCACUGUCAGCAAGGGAGCCACAUUCCAAGCAGGCAAAAGUCCUGUGGGUUUUGCUGUUAAGGGCUCUGGAAAUCAGAAAAACAAGCUGAACGAUCCCGGAGGCGGUUCUUUCAGGGAUGAUGAUGACAUUAACGAUGUGGCGUCCAUGGCGGGGGUGAACCUGAAUGAAGAGAGCGCUCGUAUCCUGGCAACCAACUCUGAGCUGGUGGGGACACACAUCCGCUCCUGUAAAGAUGAGGCCUUCCUUCACCCGGGCCUGUUACACAGACGCAUCCUGGAGACAGCUAAGAAGUUUGGCGUGUCAGAGGUUCCUAUGGAGGCUGUGAACUUCAUCUCCCACGCUACCCAGUCCCGACUCCGCACUGUGCUGGAGAAGGUCUCCUCCAUCGCACAGCACAGGAUGGACGGUGGUAAAGAUGAGGAGUGGUUUGAGCAGUCGGCAGACGUGCGGUCGCAGCUAAAGUUCUUUGAGCAGCUGGAGAGGAUAGAGAAGCAGAGGAAGGAUGAACAGGAGAGAGAGAUCCUACUCAAAGCAGCUAAAAGUCGCUCCAGGCAAGAGGACCCAGAGCAGGCUCGACUGAAACAAAAAGCUAAGGAGAUGCAGCAACAGGAAAUGGCCCUGGUGAGGCAACGAGACGCGAACCUGACCGCGCUAGCUGCCAUCGGACCUCGGAAGAAACGCAAGAUGGACUCGCCAGGGGCCACGCCGUCAGGGACCGAGGUAUCAGGCAGCUCAAUGGGGUCGCCGGGUGCCGCCUCCUCCCCCACCACGUCGUCACAGCGACAACGUCAACGCAUCACCCGCGUCAACCUCAGGGACUUCAUUUUCUACAUGGAGCAGGAGAGAGAGACAGCCCACUCACUUCUGCUCUACCGGGCUCUGCUCAAGUAGCACCCUCCUCUCUCUCCCAGCACCCUCCUCUCUCUCCCUUACCAUCUUCUUCUACCCCUGCAAUGUGCCUUCAAUCGGGUCAGAUGUUUCAGCUCAGUGUCUGUUGUGAUGUUGAUAUUAACGUAGCUUUUGAUUUAAAAGCGAGAGAAAAAACUCACUAAAAUAUAUUGUAUGUGUCUUUAUCUGUUUUAGCUUCAUGAUAAAUACACUGAGUACCAAACAUUAAGAACACCUUCCUAAUAUUUUCCUUUUGCCCCCAGAACAACUCAGUUUGUCCGGGUCUUUACUCUACAAGGUGUCGAAAGUAUUCCACAGGGAUGCUGGCCCAUGUUGACUCCAAUGCUUCCCACAGUUGUCAAGUUGGCUGGAUGUCCUUUUGGUGGUGGACCAUUCUUGAUACACAUGGGAAACUGUUGAGUGUGAAAAACCCAGCAGUGUUGCAGUUCUUGACAUAAACCGGUGCGCCUGGGACCUACUACCAUACCCUGGUCACCUUCUUUAACCUGUCUCCUCCCCUUCAUCUAAACUGAUUGAAGUGGAUUUAGCAAGUGACAUCAAUAAGGAAUCAUAGCUUUCACCUGGAGACACCUGGUCAGUCUAUGUCAUGGAAAGAGUAGGUGUUCUUAAUGUUUUGUACACUCAGUGUAUAUGUAUUUAGAGUGUUGACUUUAAGGCCAUGGUGAUGCAAACUCCUUGUGUAUUAUUGGGACUGGGUUUUUAAGGAGAAAUGUGUUUUUGUGUCUAAGGACCUGAGCCAGUACUUUUUCCAUGUCAGUUGUAAAUUUGAUGUCCCAGGCGAAAUACUGAAUGAACCAUCUCAAAGUGAUUUUCUUUAAAAUAAUCCUAUUCUGAAUUUAAUACAGCCUACAAUAUUCAUUAGAACUUAUUUGUUGAACAAAGUUCAGUGAAUAUGGUCACACAAAACUAACAAGUCAUAGAGUGGUCUGAUUCUUUAUACCAGAAACUUACCAGAGCAGCUUUUUGGAAAGUUUAUCUUCAGAAAAUGGAUUACAGCAUAACAGAAAUCAAGCUCUUUAAAUGUAAAUAGUAAUUUUGAAUACUUUUAAACAGCAUGUAUGAUAUUUUUACCACAUGUAAUGUUAAUUACUCAAUACUGAGAUAUUCUGUAAAAUCAUGUGCGUUGAAAUGUGUUAUGAUGUUAUUUGGAUCCCCAUUAGCUGACGCCAUGACGACAGCUAGUCUACCUGGGGUCCGACACAAAACGAAAAAGACAUUACAGACAAAAAUACUUUGUAAUUUACAUACAGUACACUUAAAAAACAUGAACAAAUGGAAAAUACCUGAAAGGUAACAUUUAACUGUCAUUAGGAAAAAUUUUAUUCUUUGUAUUCUUUCACUUUCUAAACUUUGUUUUAAUGCAAUGCAGAUCGUCUCAUCCAAUCCAACAGGUCAAUCAUUAGAGUUACUACAGUCCACCAAUAUGGUGGAUUCGGGCCAGUCACCCUCAUUGAGCAAUGCACAAUAGUCUCUCUAUACCCAAACGUAUGGAGAGACUCGAGAGACUCUUUUUUCCUAGAUGUCCCUGUAGAAUGUAGACGUUGCCCAUCUGUCUCAUUGUUUGUUUCCAUUUCCACAAUACUUUAGGUUGUCUGAAGAACCUAUUCUGUGAAGCCAGGUCCAUACCCUCAGCAGACGCCCAGAGUGCAGUCUGGUCGUUCGACAAGCAGCUCUUAUCUUAGGGUUUCCUCUGUUUCACUUCAAGACUAUUAACAACACAUAUCAGACGUGUGAGCAGCUGGACAGUUGUUGAAGUAGAGUUUUGAGAAUUCUUCCUUUAAGCCUAAUAUUGACAUUGCAAUGUUUUUAGAGUUGUAUGUUUUUAUGUUCUCUCUAGAACGAGAGAUGGGAGGCGACUGCCUCUCUGUCAGUAGCUCUACAUCCUUGUCAUUAGGGUCCAACUCUGCAAGGCCUCAGUGUUGUCACCUGUUUCUGACCAUCCUCUUAUUAACAUGGCCUUUCUCUUAUUGGUUGGUUGUGAAUAGCCUCUAUGCAGCUUGUCUUGUGUCGCUUUGUCAUUUAUUUGUUGAAUGGGCAACAUUUGAAAUGAAUGUUCAUUGAAGUUCUUUCUAACAGCACUAUUAUAUACAGUUUUUUUUAUUACUUAUACAAUGAGAAAAAAACAGAACGCUGUGUUACCAAUGUAUAGAAAGAAAUAGUUCCUGUCUCUUAAGCAUCAAACAGUAUUGUCAGUUGGUGUUGAAAGGGAAACUUAUUUUUGAACUAUUUAUAUAUUUUUCUUUUGAGUUCUUUUUUCAUUGGCAUUUCAUUUGCCACAUUUUAGGCAAUGCAAUUUUAUCUCAAAAGAACUUAUCGUUGAAAAAAUUGAAGUUUAAAAGAAGCACAAAAAAUAACUAUUUGUUCAGUGGUUAAUAUUUGAAUAAUUAUUUGUAUGAUUUCUGAUAAAUAAAUAAGCAGGAGAACAUUUCUACUACUUCAGCUUUUUAGCCAAAAUAUAAGGAUUACUGAUGUACCCCGUUGGAAGAUGUUUUAAUGUAUGGAUCAUUUGUAAAUAUUGCUUACAGGACCAUGUGUUUAUUAGGACUAUGUUAUUUUUGGUAAACUCUGUACAUAUCCUGAAAAUGUCCUGUUUGUGUGAAAAACAUACUUCUGUAUUUGUACCUAUUUUGUAAAAUAAUAAAUAAACUGUUUACUAAACUAAGCAGAAACAGA